AGUCCCAAUUGGGGCUCGGAUCGCCAGAAGCCCCUCAGGAAAGGGGAGGGGAAGGGGGAGGGGAGAGGAAGAAGGUCCCCGCGCGGCGGAGACCUGGGGGCUGGCGCGGCCUCCCCGGCCCGCCCUCCGCUCCACUCUCGCUGCCGCCGGCGCCGCCCUCUUCCCCGCCCGCCGACCGCCGCGCAGGACCGCGCAGCCCCUCGCGUUGGGCUCGCUGGGCCGGAGAAAUCCGGGAGAGUUUCUGCUGCCGCCCGGAGCGGGCCGAGUGAGCGCCGGGACAGGAACCCAGCGGCGGCGAUGGGCGCCCGGCCCUCGCGGCGGCGGCCCGCAUACCCGCCGGUGACUCUGGACGCGCUGCCCCCUGAGCUGCUCGUGCGGGUGCUGAGCCACGUGCCGCCGCGCGCGUUGGUGACCUGCUGCCGCCCAGUGUGCCGCGCCUGGCGCGACGUCGUAGACGGGCCCACCGUGUGGCUGCUGCAGUUGGCUCGAGACCGCAGCGCCGAGGGCCGCGCGCUCUACGCUUUGGCUCAGCGCUGCCCGCCCAGCAGCGAGGACGAGGAGGACCUUCCGCUUUGCGCCCUGGCACGCUUCUGUCUGCGCGCACCUCUCGGCAGAAACCUCAUCUUCAACUCCUGUGGAGAACAGGGUUUCAGAGGCUGGGAGGUGGAACACGGCGGCAAUGGCUGGGCGGUGGAGAACAUAACCCUGGUGCCCGGGGCUCCUUCCCAGACCUGCUUCGUGACUUCUUUCGAAUGGUGCUUCAAGAGACAGCUUGUGGACCUGGUGAUGGAGGGGGUGUGGCAGGAGCUGCUAGACAGCGCCCAGAUUGAGAUCUGUGUGGCCGACUGGUGGGGUGCCCGUGAGAACUGCGGCUGCGUCUACCGUCUUCGGGUGCGCCUCUUGGACGUGUACGAAAACGAAGUGGUCAAGUUCUCAGCGUCACCCAACCCGGUCCUUCAGUGGACUGAGAGGAGCUGCCGACAGGUCUCCCACGUAUUCACCAACUUUGGCAAGGGCAUCCGUUAUGUGUCUUUUGAGCAGUACGGAAGAGACACACGUUCCUGGGUGGGGCACUAUGGUGCCCUUGUGACCCACUCCAGCGUGAGGGUCAGGAUCCGGCUUUCUUAGCCGGCCCACAUGAUCCAUCCCUCCAGGACACACUGCCAUCUGCUGGAUGUUGUCAAAAUCAAAAUGGCUUUGCAGACAGCCUGAGGAUGCCCAGACGCUGAGAAUCCUGUUGCGUCAUGGUGACCCUCCGGCUGUGGACGAACCAGAGACCCUGCCACCACUUCAUGGCUUGCUCGGCUCCCCAGGUGGGGAUGUCAUUAGAGAUAGGCAAGGGCAUGGUGGCACACACCUGUAAUCCCAGCACUCGGAAGGCUGAGCCAGAUGGCUAUGAAUUCAAAGUAGGCUAUAUAAUGAGAUCCUAUCCCAAAACUAAAUAAAACUAAAAUUUUUUAAAAAGAGA